GGCGUUCUCUUUCAUGCUGUGAAAUUCAAACUGGAGUUCCAAAAUCGUUGAUUAGCAGCAGGCCACGAAACUGAAGGCAUUCUUUUGGCCCAGUAUGUGAUUGAGCUGUGAAGGCCCAAUAUAAGCCCAAUAAUAAUGAAAUAAUAUUAAACAGAAUAUUUAUUUAUUCUAUCAGUGCCUAUAUUGAUCAAAAGCAUCCGCCGGUUGCAUGCAGGAGAGGAAGAUCGCCGGUGAAUAUAUAUGAAAAGAUGAGUUGUCUGACGGAGGAAUCCGAUGUAACGAUUUUUGUUUAUUUAAUAUUUUUUGAGCUUGUCAACAAGUGAAAUCUGAACCUUACAACUACUGUUUUGUAAUGUGUCUUAGGGUUUUGAUUAUCCUGGAGGUAUUGAAGUGACAUACAGUCUCCAUAGACUGAUGCACUUUGACUGUGAAGGAAAAAAUCCUCGUUAUGCUUAUCCUCAGUUGGUCAAGCUUUAUGCUAAAUUAGGAGUUCACAGAUACAAUCUCUUGGAGGUAAAAGUUCUCGUUAAUGAAAGGAUGAUUGGCUGUUUAGAUUUGGCUGUGUCUAUCGCUAGACCUCGAACUCACGUGAGUCCAAAGCCGUACCUGCGUAGACAUUGUGAACCAGCGCGUCUUGAUACAGAAUUCAACCCAUUACCUGAUUGGCCUCCAGAGAUUGCUUUUAGUGAUGCUAAACGGUUUUACAUGGUGAAUAAAUCUGAGUUGCAAAACAAUGGUUGGAUUUCACUUUAUUUGGAACUUGCACUCGUUAGUCACGUAAGGGAUCUUACUGCUGAUCAUUAUCUGGCCCAGUUGGAAAUUGUGCAGGUAGCCGUAGAGACUGUUGAUGAUGUGAAGCCCCCGACACUUGACUCCAAAAACGUGGUUAUUUACAUAGUGUAUAGAGACUUUGCCACUGGCGAGCCAUGUGAUAGCAAAGCUAUCGUCAGACGCAGUUUCAAUGAAGCUACUGGAGGUUUGAAAUUUGUGGGUGACUAUUGGAGUGAAGAGAAAAAAGCUUUGAGUACUGAGAGGGCUUCUGUUGUUGAAGUAACUGAAAAACGUUCUAUGCAUCUCUCGGGUGGUGAGAAAACUGAGAAACGUUGUAAGAAGAAGAAACGUUUAGGUGUCCACAGGCUAUGGCGUUUAUCUGAUCCCAGGUGUCAUCAGGCAUACAAACGCCGUGCUUCCGCUCGUCAUCCUCAGUGAAGAUUCGCGAUUUAUCAAGUAGAGCUGAUAUUGUGGAUCAGAUGGAGUUAACUAUUAAUUAAUGAUCGACUAUGUUAUUUUGUGCUAAGUGCAUUUGUCUUCGUACGCUUUUUUUUUGUAAGUGUUGUACUGUUUUCUUUGAUGACUUGACUUACUAAGAUAUGAGUGCACUUUUAUUUAUAGAUACGAUGCUCAUUGAUCUGCUUCAUUUUCUUUCUAUUUCACUUAAGCUUCAUCCUCCUAAUUAUCUUAAAAGCAUCUAUGUUUUGAAAAAGAGAAGAAACCACUCUAAUCGUGCAUUGUGUUUAUUUCUUAGUUCGAAUCCAAGUGGACUUGAAUGCCAUGAUUAAGUCAAUAAGCAAUACGAACUUAUCUUCUCUUCCAAUGAAACCAAACACCAAA